AUAGUUGUGCUGUGAGCGCCUACGAGGGGUGUGCCUUCGGGAAAAUGCAUACAAAUCUGCCAUUGAUUUUCAUAAUGUUUCUGCGGUGUUUGAAAACCAAUCGUUUGAACCUCUGAGAUCUUACCUAAGUGAACCACUCCUACGCAUCUAAGUGCUCCAAACUGAUAUAUGACAAUAUCUACUUUGGAUCACGUGUUCCUCCGGAGCGACUAAGACGGAUCGCGCGUCAUCUCGCCUUCCCAAAUUUUUUCCCCUCCGCACAUCGGAUCCAAAACAUCUAUCUAUAGGAGCGAGAAAAGGAGAAAGAUGUUUAACUCAGUGAAUCUGGGCAACUUCUGCUCCCAGUCGCGUAAAGAGAGGAGCGCUGAGUUUGGAGAGCGGGCGGGUUGCGCUUCCAACCUCUACCUCCCCAGCUGUACCUAUUACGUCCCCGAAUUUUCAACUGUGUCAUCUUUCCUGCCACAGGCCCCCUCUCGCCAAAUCUCCUACCCGUACUCCACCAACCUCUCGCAGCCCGUGCGAGAGGUCUCCUAUGGUCUAGACCCCUCCAGUAAAUGGCACCAUAGAAGCAAUUACGCGUCGUGUUAUUCCGCAGAAGAUCUGAUGCAUAGAGAGUGCAUCCCGCCUUCCACCAUGACCGAAAUGCUAAUGAAAAACGAGAGCGCGUACAGCCACCACCACCCCAGCUCCAACCACCCGGCACCGACGGGAUUCUACGGCGGCAUGAACAAAAACACGGUCCUGCCCCAAGGCUUCGACCGCUUCUUCGAAAACGCGUAUUGCGGGGCGGAAAACCCGACCGAGAGCUGCGGGCAGAAGGGAGAGGGCAAAGGGGAGGCUGAGCCCCAGAGCCACGCGCUGUCAUCCCGCGGAGAGACGGGGAUGGACCCGGAAGACGAAGAGGAGAACACAACUCCCGGCUCUUCAGCCUCGUCCUCCUCUGUCAACAAGGAAGGAAGCAAAAGCAGCAAUUCGAGUGCUCCCCGAACGAGGAAGAAGAGGUGCCCCUAUUCGAAAUUCCAGAUCAGAGAGCUGGAGAGAGAAUUCUUCUUCAAUGUCUAUAUAAACAAAGAAAAGAGGCUCCAGUUGUCUCGGAUGCUGAAUCUCACUGACCGACAAGUUAAAAUCUGGUUUCAGAACAGAAGAAUGAAAGAAAAAAAAUUAAGCAGAGACCGCCUGCAGUAUUUCUCUGGAAAUCCCUUAUUGUGAACAUCUUUGUAAUCCCCUCUGCUGGCGAAGUGUUUCGGGAAGGAACGGCCGCACGCGUGGCUUUGCCCUUUCAGCCGACAAAGCAACCUCAAAGUUUGAGCCUUUUCGUUACUUACAUUUCUAUGUCUGGGACAGUUCAGAGUAACAAAAGGAGUGAAACGUUCUUUCAUUUACCAAACCGCUCAAGGACUCGAAUUCCACGAACAUUUUAUUUAACUUCUUUUUUUUUUCCUUCUUCUUCUUCUUCUUCUUCUUUUUUUUUUUUUUUUUGGCCUGAACGAGAUGGGAUUCCUCCCUUCCACCCCCCCUCUCCCCUCCUCCCCCUUCUUCUUCUUCUUCUUUUAUUUUUUUAAUUAUUAUUAUUGUUAUUAUUAUUCUGAUGGCGAUGAUGAUUGGCCGCCCCCGUCCCUCUGAACGCAUCGCAGCGCUGUGCGGGUGUUGUUGUGACUUCACAACGCGGCUGCGUUAUCCCAGGAGCGGCCAAAAUCUCCCUGUAGGAUCACAUCCCUUCGCCUGGGGGUGAGUGUGAGUGUGUGUGUGUGUGUAUGCGCGUGUGUGUGAAGCGCACCAACGCGUGUGUCCCCGUGUGUGUGUGUGUGUGUGUGUGUGUGUGUGCACAUCGCACCCCCCGCUCCUCUGUGUCCUUCCUCCUCCCCAUGGCCAAGAGCCGGACCCUAAUUUAAAUCCCUGUCUGCAAGCAGAACGAAGAUUCUCACCCCCCCUCCCACCCCCGCCACGCACCCUUUAUAUGUAUAUGAAUACAUAUAUGCAUAUAUACAUGCGACAGUGCCUGUGUGUAUAUAUAUACAUGUAUUCCGUGAGGUUCAUGUUGAGUGGGAGGUGUUGGGGGGGGGGGUUUUGAAACCAAACGAAAAGACGUUUGCAAUAACCGAAACGGUUUGUAAAUAAAUUUCGUAGUGUAUUUUUUUCCCUUUUCUUUUUAUUUCUUUUUUUUUGUCUUUUUUUUUUCUUCCUUUGUCUGAAAAUGGGAGACGAAGAACGACGAGAGAACAACAGAGAAACAAUCCCGAAAUAAUAAUAAUAAAAAAAGAGAUGAUUCUUUGUGUAUGUAAAAGUGAAUCCCCGGAAUCCUCUGUGAAAUUCUGUGGCAAAUAAAGACAUCGCAAGCUGUUCUACAUUAUGAUUUUAUUUGACCAUUUUAUUAGAAUUCCCCCCUUAAAAGCCUCUUUGCGGUCAUUGCGGUGCGGGUUUUUCUUCUGUCGGGGUUUUAAAUACCUGCGAGCAUCUCCGAAAUAUCAUCAUCCAUAUUCAUGGCGCUGCAAUCUGCUCCGAGAGGAGCGGGCUUUGAGGAGACCUCCGCCUCUGAGCCCACGUUUGGCUGCGAAGCGUUCGGCACCGAACCGCGAUGGAUGGGCUUUUCUCUCGGCCCUCAAUUCGGCUCCCGAUGCCUGCCUUUAUUUUCCGGCCUCAGUUCAUCUUUCUUUCUUUCUUUCUUUUUUUUCCUUUUAUUUUUUGCCACAACAACCCCUCACGUUCUCUUUUUGUUCGUUCCUUUUAAUGAAACGAAUGGCACCACGGAGCUGCGUUUCCGAAAGGACACCGCACCUUCUCCCUGCAGAGCGCAAAUGCAAAGUCAAGUCCUUCGAUUCCCGCUUAAGAAAACAAGUUCAAUCCCAUGCACGGGGGCAUCAUCGUCAUUUUUUCUCCCCCCCUCUGUUCUCACAAUGACUUUUCUUUUCUGUCUCGCAGCCGCACAACGUUUUCGAGGACAAAGAAGACGCGGCGCACGAGUUUGGGGUCAAUGCUGCGGUUGGGAGUGUUGGUUUGGAGGGUUUGGGGGGGUCCGGGUCGAU